UCUGUUCCUGGUUUGAAAGUGUUAUUUCUUCUUUAAUUAUGUGGUAUGUACUUCAAAAGUAGUGGUUAUCCUCCAGAGACUUUGUUUUUGUGGCUGCCAUAAACUAUAUUGAAUUGGUUAAGACUCUAUGAGAUACUCAUUGAAAAAACAUAGCAAAAUGUGCUGCAGGAUGUCCCACAAAAACAAUGUUUUUGCAGUUUAAUAAACUUUCCCCAUAUUUUGAUGAUAGAACCAAUUAGGAAAUGACAUUUAUAACCCAGGAACAAAGUUUGUGUUACAUAGUGUAAUCUAGGGUAUAGGGCUAUCGUGAUGAGAAAAUUUUGGAAUGAAACAGCUUAUGAGACACAUGGACCAUGUUGAGUUCCUUGCAAGAAAGGAAAGAAAUCCUAACAAUAAACAGGAGGGUAUAUGCAACAUUGCCACAGCCUUUGAUUAUUCAACACUGGCUGAAACAGAAUUUAAGAACAAAAGCCAGGGCUUCCAACAACAGCAAGGCUCUGUUAGCAUCUUUGAAGCUGCAGCAUGGUUGGGUCACGAGAGAUGAUAUCCCUCUUUUGCUCGUCCUUGAGGCUCCUGAUGGUUGGGUGACUCGGAGGAGGGGGAAGAUAUAUAUAUAAAAGAAGAUGGAAAAUAGGACGGUAGAGCUCUUCCACAGCUCAGGAGACGGAAUGAAGUUGAUACAGGGAAAGAAGCCUUUGGUUGUAGCAUGCUUUCUCUUGGCGGCCACUCUCUGUGCCAGCCGCAGGAGCAACAGCCUGGCCUGCCACCCUGUCAAUGCCACCAUAGCAGCUGAGAAAGAUGACUGCCCUGUCUGCAUGACCAUCACCACCUCCAUCUGCAGUGGUUACUGUGAGACUAAGGAGUUGUUAUGGAAGACUAUCCACUCAACCUUCAACCAAAGAGUCUGCACCUACAAGGAAGUACGCUAUGAGACCAUGCUCCUGCAGGGAUGCCCAUCGGGUGUCAACCCGUCCUUCACGUACCCCGUGGCAAUCAGUUGCCACUGUGACCUUUGCAAGAUGGAUUCCAGUGACUGCACCGUUCAGAGCACUGGGCCCAACUCCUGCAGUAACCAAGCCAUCUUUGCUUAAUAAAAAGUGAUGAUGUUGGACAAAUAAA